AUGGCUGCUGACCAUCGUCUUGGAGGCCCAAGGAAUGUGGGCUGUGACUCCGAUUUGAUGCAUUCCCUAAGCGAGCUGCUGUCACAAGUCAACGUCUAUGCACAGUCUUUCAAGAUGAUGAGCAAAAUUGAGCAGGCCGAAAUUGCAGCCGCAACAAGAGAACAUCGUGCUCCUCUCAAUAUCCGGAUGGUAUUCGAGAGGCAGGAGCGGACUGAGGCGCCGCCGGUACGAUUGCCUACGGUCAUGAAGUCGCAGUUAUAUAUGUGGGGGAGAAUGAUGACGUGCCGCCUACGAGGAGUUCGGCAGUUCAUCUUUGGAACACCUCUGAAGAACAACUCCAGAAUAUACGCGACAUUGACAAGAUAGGCGAUCCUCUCACAUACCCUCUUCUCUUUUCUACUGGAGAUAGGAUGGGAGCCAUCCAUGACUAAAGAGAAUGGUCUCCGGCUCUCACAACGAGAGUACUACGAGUAUCUGCCUUCAGUGAAGGACCAAUUCAAUCCCAUUCUCCACGCUGGAAAGCUCUUCCAGCAGUUCGCAGUCGACGCUUACGUCAAAAUAGAGCAUAAUCGGCUCAACUUUACGAGAAAGAAUCGGCUCAGACUGCCAUCGGACUCGUACGAAAGUCUGCAGGAUUAUCUGGCCGGUGAGGACUAGCCCGUGUCAUUUUACCGUCGUCCUUUUCGGUGGACCACGCUCAGCAGCAUAAUAUCAGAACGCAAUGGCUAUAGUUGCACGUCAUGGUAAGCCAACUUACUUCCUGACGAUGACGUGCAAUCCACAUUAGAAGGGAAUCCAAGAAAAUCUCUUCAGUGAACGAGCAGCGUCGAAUCGUCCCGAUGUGGUGGCGCUGGUGUUCAACGCCAAGUUGCAGAAACUUUGCUUCGAACUCUUCAAAACACAUGUUUUUGGAGAAGUACAAGCCUGUGUGUGUGUGAUUGAAUCUCAAAAGCGAGGUCUUCCACAUUGCCACAUGCUACUCAUAAUGAAAGAAGAGUGGAGAGUGCGUACGGCGGACGAUGUGGACAGAUCAAUUUGUGCGGAGAUCCCUAACCCUGCAGAAGAACCGGUACUUCAUGCUGCUGUAAUGUCGUACAUGAUCCACAGGCGAUGUGGACAGAGGGACUUUCUUUGUACGCCACCCAAUGGAUCGUGUUCAAGAAGAUUUCUGAAGCAAAUAAGGGAGAGUACCUCAAAGGACGUGGAUGGCUACUCGAACUACCGACGCCGGAACCUGUAUCCCUCCGAAAUCAGUAAUGUUUUAUACGGCGACCAGUGGGUAGUACCAUCAAACCCGUACCUUCUUGCGAAAUCCGAUUGUCAUGUGAAUUUGGAGGUUUGCGGCAUGAUCUCGGCGGUAAAGUACCUCUACAAGAAUGUAUACAAGGGCCCCAAUCGUGCCCGGAUCAAUAUCGAAGGCAGUCGAAAUGGAAACGAAACAACGAAUGUCGAUGAAAUCAAACAACACUUGGAUACUCGCUAUGGGUGCGCCCCAGAAAGCAUGUACAGAAUAUAUACCUUAUACUUUAUACUUAUACUUUCUAUACUUUUUUAGUUGGAAUACCUGAUUCCUUGACCGCACUGGCAUGCCACCUCAUGGGCUGCGUCUCGAGAGAGGGGCAGUAGUUAUGCUUCUGAGAAACCUCCAUGUUACUAAUGGACUUUUUAAUGGAACACGACUGAGAAUCGGGACACUAGGACGUUUCGCACUCGGUUGCAAAUUCAUCUGCGGAGACAGAGCAAACGAACUUGUGGAAAAAACGAGUCCCCUUUCGCUUUCGCAGACGACAAUUCCCUGUGCGAGUAGCCUUUGCAAUGACAAUUGAUAAAGCACAAGGGCACUCUUUCAACAAAGUGGGUGUAUAUCUUCCACAGAAUGUUUUUUCUCACCGUCAAUUACGCGUUGCUCUCUCGCGUGCGAAGACUCUCAGUGGAAUAAGGAUCAAUUAAUCUGAAAAUGCAAUCAAGAACAUCGUAUCUCCUGAAGCUCUACUAUGAUCAUUCUUAGGUAGGAGCAAUAUUAGUGCUUUCACAUGACGAGAUUAUUAUCGAAAUUGCAGAAACGAGAACUUUACCAGAAUCACAUUUCUUCGUCAAAAUCCCAAGACGCUGUUCAUUCUCCUCUAUAAAGUUAGCUAUUUUGCCAGAAUUCGACUUUCUCCACUUCACACACUUCAGCAUGUCAGAAGAGCAACCAACACUUCACAUGCCAUGAUAUGAUAUCAAUUCCCCAGAAUCUACAUUGUAUUUCAGUACCAACAAAUCUGUCCAGUUUGCCGUUAUUUCGCCUGCACACAAGAUACUUCUCAUUAUUCUUCUAUAAAGUGAGUGUUCACUGGAUAUGGGUUUUAAUUUGCAUUUUUAAAAUUUUUCAUGAGCUCAUCGGAGUAACUCACUAUACAGCAACGCUCCAGUCAAUUUUUCGCAAAGUAAAAAUUGCUCUAUUCUAGCAUCAACAUCCACAUCGCCGCCUUUUCGCCUGCACAAAAGAGACUUCUCAUUGUGCCCUUUCAUGUGGAUGUCCACAAACUCCAGUUUGAAUUUUUAAGCUUUCUUGAAAUUCUUUUGGGGUCACUCGUCCCCAAAAAAUCAGAAUCGAUUUCUACUUCAGCUUCAAGAUCUCGCUCCACAUCGCUGUCAUUUCGUUUGUACACCGCAGGCUUUCCGAUGCCUUCUCUGAAGCGGAUGUCCACUGAAUGUAAAAUUUAUUUUGCAUUUAGGAGCUUUCUCAAGUCUCCAAGGGUCAGUAACUACACAGUGACGUUCCAGUCAUUUCCUAUAUGUCACGAUUGCCCUACUUUAGCGUCAACAUCGCCCUCUACGCCUCCGCCAUUUUGCCUGCAUAAAAUAGACUUGCCAUUGUCUUAUCUUGAGUGGGUGUCCCGUAGCUGUAAGUUCCAAUAUGGAUUUUUUAAGUUUUCUCAAAAGUCUUUCAGGAUCAGUCUUCCAUGGAACAUCAAAAUUGAACUCUACUCCAGCAUCGACUUACCUCUCCAUGUCGUCCAUAUUCCGCCUGUAUACCAGAGACUUUCCAUUUUCUCAAGUGGGUGUACACCAGACGAUGAAGUGAUUUUGCACUUUAGCUUUCUGAAGGGUCUUUUAGGGUCACUAUCCAAGAUGUCAGACUUGCUUUACUUAGCAUCAACAUCGCUCUCCACAUCGCUUCCCUUUCGCCUGCACACCAGAGAUUUUCCAUUCUUCUCGAUGUCCAGUGGAUGUAAAAAAUUUCUGCGAUUUUUCAGCUUUUCAAAAAUCUUCAAGAUCAGCCUCUCCCAAAACAUCAAAACUUAUCUCUAUUUCAGCAAUCACGCCUCUAUUCAUAUUUCGUCGUUUUUUCGUCAUCAUAGAGAGAACCUCCAGUCAUUUUUGCUAAAGUGGGUGUCCACUAGCAGUAAAUUUCAUUUUGCAUUUCUUACAAGGAAGGUUUUUCAGGGCGUGGAACGCUUUUCGAAAACGGUUCUUUGCAUGAUAUAG